GUUACCUGGCACGCUGGCCACAAUCUUCCUCACUCUUGUGAGACUGAGCGACUGGCAGUGCCUUAGCUCUGAACUCAGACACCUGGAACCUUGUUUUUGUGGUUAAGGAUCCGAAAGUGCUGUGGGGACUGAUCUUGUUUUUCUCAACAUCCCUGGCUCCACCUCUUCUGCCACAGACGUCAGCAUGAUGGUACCUGUGGGCCCUUGGCCCAGUAAGAAGGCAGAGAUGAACACUCUAGAAAUCAACGGGAAAUUGCGCCCCCAGCGGGCAGAGAACAAACAUCAGUUCAUAAACACCAAGGAGAAAUAUCUUGUAACUCAAGUGGCCUACUUUCUGGCCAAGGGGCAGAACACUUACAACUAUGAAGAGUGCAAAGACCUCCUAAAAUCUAUGCUGCGGGAUGAGCUUCAGUUCAAGGAGGAGAAGCUUGCAGAACAGCUCGGGCAAGCUGAGGAGCUCAGGCAAUAUAAAGUCCUGGUUCACUCUCAGGAACGAGAGCUGAGACAGUUAAGGGAGAAGUUGCAGGAAGGGAGAGAUGCCUCCCGCGCAUUGAAUCAGCAUCUCCAGGCCCUCCUCACUCCGGAUGAGCCAGCCAACUCCCAGGGGCGGGACCUCCGAGAACAGCUGGCUGAGGGCUGUAGGCUGGCACAGCAGCUCGUCCGAAAGCUCACCCCAGAAAAUGAUGAAGAUGAGGAUGAAGAUGUUAACGUUGAGGACACUGAGGAGGUGCAGAAGGCAGAAGAAAAGGAAGUCCCUGAGGACUCAGUGGAGGAAUGUGCCAUAGCUUGUUCAAAUAGCUAUGGCCCUUCUGAGUCCAACCAGCCUCACAAGAACUCCAAAGUCACAUUGGAGGAAGACCAAAUGAACUUGACUCUGCUUAUAGACCAUGAAUCGUCUCCUGAUGGAUGGCAGGAUGCUCUAAACCUUGUCCCAGUCCCUGGCUCCACCUCUUCUACUACAAACGUCAGCAUGGUGGUAUCUGCGGGCCCUUGGUCCAGUGAGAAGUCAGAGAUGAACACUCUAGAAAUCAAUGAGAAAUUGCGCCCCCAGCAGGCAGAGAACAAACAUCAGUUCAUAAACACCAAGGAGAAAUAUCUUGUAACUCAAGUGGCCUACUUUCUGGCCAAGGGGCAGAACACUUACAACUAUGAAGAGUGCAAAGACCUCCUAAAAUCUAUGCUGCGGGAUGAGCUUCAGUUCAAGGAGCAGCUCGGGCAAGCUGAGGAGCUCAGGCAAUAUAAAGUCCUGGUUCACUCUCAGGAACGAGAGCUGAGGCAGUUAAGGGAGAAGUUGCAGGAAGGGAGAGAUGCCUCCCGUGCAUUGAAUCAGCAUCUCCAGGUCCUCCUCACUCCGGAUGAGCCGUCCAACUCCCAGGAGCGGGACCUCCGAGAACAGCUGGCUGAGGGCUGUAGGCUGGCACAGCAGCUCGUCCGAAAGCUCACCCCAGAAAAUGAUGAAGAUGAGGAUGAAGAUGUUAACGUUGAGGAGGCUGAGAAAGUACAGGAAUCAUGUGCCCCCAGGGAGGUGCAGAAGGCAGAAGAAAAGGAAGUCCCUGAGGACUCAGUGGAGGAAUGUGCCGGCACUUGUUCAAAUAGCCAUGGCCCUUCUGAGUCCAACCAGCCUCACAAGAACUCCAAAGUCACAUUGGAGGAAGACCAAGUGGACUCAACUCUGCUUAUAGACUGUGAAUCAUCUCCUGAUGGAUGGCAGGAUGCUCUAAACCUUGUCCCAGUCCCUGGCUCCACCUCUUCUACUACAAACGUCAGCAUGGUGGUAUCUGCGGGCCCUUGGUCCAGUGAGAAGUCAGAGAUGAACACUCUAGAAAUCAACGAGAAACUGCGCCCACAGCUGGCAGAGAAGAAACAACGGUUUAGAAACACUAGAGAGAAAUUUCUUGUAACUCAAGUGGCCUACUUCCUGGCCAACCAGCAGAACAGUUAUAACUAUGAAGAGUGCAAAGACCUCCUAAAAUCUAUGCUGCGGGAUGAGCUUCAGUUCAAGGAGGAGAAGCUUGCAGAGCAGCUCGGGCAAGCUGAGGAGCUCAGGCAAUAUAAAGUCCUGGUUCACUCUCAGGAACGAGAGCUGAGGCAGUUAAGGGAGAAGUUGCAGGAAGGGAGAGAUGCCUCCCGCGCAUUGAGUCAGCAUCUCCAGGCCCUCCUCACUCCGGAUGAGCCAGCCAACUCCCAGGGGCGGGACCUCCGAGAACAGCUGGCCAAGAGUUGUAGGCUGGCACAGCACCUCGUCCGAAAGCUCACCCCAGAAAAUGAUGAAGAUGAGGAUGAAGAUGUUAACGUUGAGGAGGCUGAGAAAGUACAGGAAUCAUGUGCCCCCAGGGAGGUGCAGAAGGCAGAAGAAAAGGAAGUCCCUGAGGACUCAGUGGAGGAAUGUGCCGUCCUCUCCAUAGCUUGUUCAAAUAGCUAUGGCCCUUCUGAGUCCAACCAGCCUCACAAGAACUCCAAAGUCACAUUGGAGGAAGACCAAGUGGACUCAACUCUGCUUAUAGACUGUGAAUCAUCUCCUGAUGGAUGGCAGGAUGCUCUAAACCUUGUCCCAGUCCCUGGCUCCACCUCUUCUACUACAAACGUCAGCAUGGUGGUAUCUGCGGGCCCUUGGUCCAGUGAGAAGUCAGAGAUGAACACUCUAGAAAUCAACGAGAAACUGCGCCCACAGCUGGCAGAGAAGAAACAACGGUUUAGAAACACUAGAGAGAAAUUUCUUGUAACUCAAGUGGCCUACUUCCUGGCCAACCAGCAGAACAGUUAUAACUAUGAAGAGUGCAAAGACCUCCUAAAAUCUAUGCUGCGGGAUGAGCUUCAGUUCAAGGAGGAGAAGCUUGCAGAGCAGCUCGGGCAAGCUGAGGAGCUCAGGCAAUAUAAAGUCCUGGUUCACUCUCAGGAACGAGAGCUGAGGCAGUUAAGGGAGAAGUUGCAGGAAGGGAGAGAUGCCUCCCGCGCAUUGAGUCAGCAUCUCCAGGCCCUCCUCACUCCGGAUGAGCCAGCCAACUCCCAGGGGCGGGACCUCCGAGAACAGCUGGCCAAGAGUUGUAGGCUGGCACAGCACCUCGUCCGAAAGCUCACCCCAGAAAAUGAUGAAGAUGAGGAUGAAGAUGUUAACAUUGAGGAGGCUGAGAAAGUACAGGAAUCAUGUGCCCCCAGGGAGGUGCAGAAGGCUGAAGAGAAGGAAGAACCUGAGGACUCAGUGCAGGAAUGUGCCAUCGCUUGUUCAAAUAGCCAUGGUCCUUGUGAGUCCAACCAGCCUUGCAGCAACACCAGAAUCACAUUUGAGGAAGACCAAGUCAACUCAUGUCUCAUUGACUCAUCCUCUCAUGAUGAAUGGGAGGAUACUGUAUCCAUUAUCCCAGAAAAUGAAAGUGAUCAUGAAGAAGAGGAAGAAAAAGGGCCAGUGUCUCCCAGGAAUCUGCAGGAGUCUGAAGAGGAGGAAGCUCCCCAGGAAUCCUGGGAUGAAGGUUAUUUGACUCUCUCAAUUCCUCCUGACAUGUCUGCCUCAUACCAGUCUUACAGGAGCACCUUUCACUCAUUAGAGGAACAACAAGUCGACUUGGCUCUUGACAUGGGCAGACAUUGGUGUGAUGAAGUGAAAAAGGAGGACCAAGAGGCCACAGGUCCCAGGCUCAACAGGGAACUGCUGGGUGAGAAAGAGCCCGAAGCCUUGCAGGACUCACUGGAUAGAUUUUAUUCAACUCCUUGCGGGUAUCUUGAACUGCCUGACUUAUGCCAGCCCUACAGAAAUGCCUUUUCCUCGUUGGAAGAACAGCACUUUGGCUUGGCUCUUGACAUGGACAGAAUUACAAAGGACCAUGAAGAGGAAGAAGACCAAGGCCCACCAUGCCCCAGACUCAGCAGAGAGCUGCUGGAGGUAGUAGAGCCUGAAGUCUUGCAGGACUCACUGGAUAGAUGUUAUUCGACUCCUUACAGUUGUCUUGAGCUUCCCGAGUCAUGCCAUCCCCAUGGAAGUUGCUUUGACUCAUUGGAGGAACAACACGUUGGCUUUUCUCUUGGCGUGGAUGAAAUUGAAAAGUACCAAGAAGGGGAAGAAGAUCAAAACCCACCAUGCCCCAGGCUCAAUGGGGUGCUGAUGGAAGCAGAAGAGGCUGAAGUCUUGCAGGACUCACUGAAUGGAUGUUAUUCGACUCCUUCAAGUUACUUUCAACUACCUGACUCAUUCCAGCACUACACAAGUGCCUUUUAUUCACUUGAGGAACAGCACGUCAGCUUGGCCCUUGACGUGGACAAUGGGUUUUUUACUUCGACGGUGAUAAGGUUCCACCUGGGCUUCCAGAUGGGAGUCAUAUUCCCACACUAAGCAGCCCUUACUAAGCUGAGAGAUGUCAUUGCCGCAGGCAGGACUUACAGGCACAUGUAGGUUUGAAUGAAACUGUAGUUCCGUUUGGAAUCCCAGACAUAGGAUAGGAAAGUGGGCAGAACUCUAUUCCAUUCUCAGACCAUGCAGUAGCAACCUGUGCUCAGUCUGAAGACACUGGACCCAAGUUAGGUGUGACACGUUCACAUAACUAUGCAGCACAUGCCGGGAGUGAUCUGUGAGAUAUUCUAAUUCGAACCAGGUAUCUCUGGGUAGCUACAAAGUUCCUCAGGGAUUUCAUUUUACGGGCAUGUCUCUGAGCUUCUAUGCCUGCUCAAGGUCCGUGUCAUCUUUGUGUUUAACUCAUGCAAAGGUGUUACCCAGGUUUCAGUGAACCUCCCCCCAUUCUUUGUAUCUUCAGUGUUGGUUUGUUUUAGCUGAUCCAUGUGUAACACAGGAGGGAUCCUUGUCUGAGGAUUGUAUUUCAGAACCACUGACUGCUCUUGACAAUGGUUAACCCACUAGGCUCCUUUGGUUAGAGAAGCCACAGUCCUUCAGCCUCCAAUUGCUAUCAAUACGUAGGAAGACCACAGCUAGAUGGACAAACAGCGUGGAGAGCCCUUAGCCCUGCUCCUCUCAAUUCCAUCCUGUAAAGAACAGGAGCCAGGAGCCGCUGGCAGGAGGCAGCAUGUCACCCGGGACUCUGCUGGUGCAGAAUAUGAACAAUGCCAUGUUCUUGCAGAAAACGCUUAGCCUGAGUUUCAUAGGAGGUAAUCACCAGACAACUGCAGAAUGUAGAACACUGAGCAGGACAACUGGCCUGUCUCCUUCACACAGUCCAUGUCACCACGAAUCACACAACAAAAAGGAGAAGAGAUAUUUUGGGUUCAAACCAAGUAAAAAGGUACUGUAGCUACAUUUCUUUAUUUUGAACCCCAAAUAUUUCCUCAUCUUUUUGUUGUCAUUGAUUGUGGUGACAUGGACUUGUUUGUAGAGGACAAGUCUGCUCUCUGGCUCAAUGAUCUACAUUCUGAAGUUGUCUGAAAAUGUCUUCAUGAUUCAAUUCAGCCUAAACGUUUUGCCAGGAACACUGCAGAGUCAAUACUGUGAGUUUCCAACCUCAGCCUGUCUAUCUGCGGGCACAGAAGGUCUGGUUUGUCCAUCACCAUUAUCAUGAUAUCAGGACCGGUUACUUGGUUAAGGAGGGGUCUAGGAGAUCUGUCGCUUUUAGAGACACCUUACUUAUAAUGAAGUAUUUGGGAAAGUGGUUUGUAAAGGUAUAAACGUCAUGUAUUCCAAUGAUCAUCCUGUAAACAUUUUAUCAUUUAUUAAUCAUCCCUGCCUGUGUCUAUUAUUAUAUUCAUAUCUCUAUACUGGAAAUUUUCUGUCUCAAUUUUUACUCUGCCUUUGUUUUUGCUAGUGUCUGCUGUUGAAAAAAAAAAAUUCUCUGCCUGAGUUUUAAUUUUUGUCCAAAGUUAUUUUAGUCUAUACAAUUAAAAACUUUUGCCUAUCACUCUGGA